AUGGGCCAGCUGCUGUCGUCAGAAGAGGAACUCUCCGGGGUGAAAUGUGCCAUUGGUAACCUUUUGUACCGGACCAUGUUGGAGGGUGGAGCUGUACCGAACCUGAGCGUAGUGCACCCCCUGCUGUUGGCCAACGAAGAACCUGGGGCCCACCUCCAGGCGCAAAUGCUGCAGCUGCAAGGGGAGAUUAGGAGCAGGGCACCCACCUACCUGAAGGAUCUGAUUGGACGACUAUCAUCAUUCUCGGAUGAACCCCGUCUCGCCGGACUGCUGGGACUUGCCGUUACCAUGGUAAUGGACCUGCUUGUCACAUCCUUGUCGCGGGCGGGAAAGACGGCGACCGGUCCAUCGUCGUGCCAGAGAGUGCGGGAGCUCCAAGAAGUCAUGGAGGAGUACUUGAAACGCUGCAGGAUCAACCUGGCUGAUAAAACACGACUCCUCCAGGACUCUCUGAGAAUGGAGGCCCAGCUUAGCAUCACACUGACCAAACUUAAGAUCUCUCUGGUGGAUGGGAACUGCGACUCACAGUCUUUGAGGUUCUGGGCUAGCGGGGCGGCGUUCCAUACCCAAAUGUUGAUUCACUUGGCUGUCCUGGAGGGGCGUGACGAGCCCCUGUCAGCGAGGGCCGUGCUGGAGCAAUACAAGGAGGACCUGGCACAGAUGGUACCUGCUUACAGAUGUUAUAAGCGCAAUACGGUUUGUGUGGUGAAAUGUCGAGGAGGCCAGCCUGCGUUGUCGUGUGAGCUGCAGGACGAAGGAUCGAUGACGGGGCUGAUGGUGAGCGAUAGGGAGACGGGAAAGAGCGUCCCCGUUGCUCUUGCCGCCCUGGAGGCUGAGAUAGCUUCAUUGUCCUCACUCAACCUGGAGACGAUCACCUCGGAUCAAUACGCCCAGGCGUACGUGGAGAGGCUGUUCUCCGGAGAAGGUCCAGUGGAGGAGCUAAAGAACUACUUCGCCCAGGCCAGUGAAAAGCUGAGAGUGUUGAGAACCGGACCGCCGGGGUGCCUGACCGGGACAGACAAAGAGACAGGACGAUGUGAAGGGCACACGGUCAAAAUACAGGACGAGACGGACGAAAUGAACCAAAACAGUGAGGAAGAUUUGAAGUUGAGUAUUGUGGAGACACACAGUAUGUAAAAAAACAAACAAACAGAAAACCCCAAUAAUAAUACGUAAUAAUAAUAAUAAUAAUAAUAAUAAUAAUACGUUUGUUUGCCAUGUUUACAAUGUUGGAAGUUUAACGUUUCCAACAACUCGUGUCUAAGUCGUCUUUCCCCACUGAAAUGAAUAUUUACUGCAAUAUUGAUGCUAGCUUUGUUAGCCUUCCUAUGGUGUUUUGCACUGUGCGUUAGCAUCAAGCUAGUGGCUUUUCAUCAAAUAAAUUAAUGUGGUUUGUUUCUAUCCGGAA